UCCUGGCUGCUGAGACCGCUGGUUGGGGACAUGGCAUCCAACUACUGCCCAAGUUCAGAGCAAUGGAAGGAAAGUGCAGCAAAAAUGGAAUUGAAUGAAACUCAAAAGCAAGAAAUUAAAGAGGCCUUUGAUUUAUUUGAUGUUGAUGGGUCUGGAACCAUAGAUGUGAAAGAAUUGAAGAUUGCAAUGCAGGCCUUAGGAUUUGAGCCAAAGAAAGAAGAAAUUAAAAAAAUGAUAGCAGAAAUCGACAAAGAUGGAAUUGGCACCAUUAGAUUUGAAGAUUUUUUUGCCCUUAUGAGUGUAAAAAUGAGUGAAAAAGAUGAAAAAGAAGAAAUUUUAAAGGCUUUUAAAUUAUUUGAUGAUGAUGAUACUGGAAGUAUAACACUAAACAAUAUCAAGAGGGUUGCUAAGGAACUGGGGGAAAAUUUAACAGAUGAUGAACUUCAGGAAAUGCUUGAUGAAGCUGAUCGUGAUGGGGAUGGAGAAAUAAAUGAGGCAGAAUUUUUGAGAAUGAUGAAAAAGACCACUCUUUAUUAA